AUGACCAACCCGUUGACGUGGGUGGGGCGUGGGGCAUCCCUCCUGGCGAGCGGCCGGGCGGCGCAGCGCGCAAGCCGCGGAGUCGACAGGACGUCACAACGCGACGGCCGCGAAGGCAGGGGGGCGGCGACGAGGGAGGCGUGGCCCGUGCCCGUGCUGAGCACGGUGGCGGCGCCGGCCGGGGCCGACGUCGAGCAGCUGUACCGUCCGGCGUUGCCGCCCUCGAGGGCGUCGCUGCGCGAGGCGGGGCGCCGGCGCGCGGAGCUCAAGCAGGCGGAGGCCGAGGCACCGGCCGCGAUGAAACGCAGGCGGGAGGAGGAGUGCGUCGAGCGGGAGGCGGAGCUUCUUGCGCCGCUGGCGGCGGCGGACGCGCCGAGGGGCAAGCGGCGGCGAAGCGUGCUCGCUGCGGCCGUCAUGCACGAGGCGAUCCCGGACGGACAGGCAGCGGUGCACGAGGCCAAGCCGGUGGGGGCUCACGGUGCCAAGAAGUGCAGGGAAGUGAUCCAGCGCUGGCGGGAGUUCGAGGCCGCCAUGACCGAGGGGGACGAGGUCACGCGCAGCAACUGGCGGGCCGGCAUGAGCGCCGGCUAUCCGUCGACGCAGCUGACGCUCAAGUUCAUUAAGAGUGAGUACCUUACAGAAACAAGUUUCUUCCGUUGUACUUGA